AUGACCACUAUUCUCUUCGUCCCCGGGGCCUGGAUCACACUUGCCGCCUAUGAGCCAUUCCUUCAAACACUAAGUGGCGCUGGCUAUGAUACUCGCUUUGCUGCGUAUCCAUCUCUAGACCCUAAGGAUCCUACGGCACAAGAUGUUGAGGCCGACACGAAGGCAAUUGCUUCAACACUAAAACCCCUCGUGGAGGAAGAGGGAAAAGAUGUCUUAAUCAUUCUUCAUUCCUAUGCGGGUAUGCCUGGAGCAGCUGCAGCCACUCGUUUGAGUAAAACCCAGCGGGCCAAAGAGGGCAAAGCGGGCGGUGUCAUGGGCCUCGUAUUUAUUGGGGCGUUUGUAGUUCCUGAGGGCCUUAGCUGUGCAGGUCUGCAAGGUGGGAAUCUGCCCCUUUGGAUCCUCCUUGACAAUCCAUCGCCAAACCUCAACCUCCCCGAUGACCCGGUGGGAAAUUUUGCCGCGGAUGUCGAGCCUGAGUUGGCCAAGCUCCUUGUGUCGGAGAUCAAACCUCAUUCUUCAUUGGCAUUUACCGCUCCCCAGCCACAUCCUGCUUGGGCGGACGAGGAGUUCAAGGGACGUUUGGCAUUUAUUGUGACCGCGAAUGAUCCGGCUGUCCCGAAGGAAGCUCAGUAUGGCAUGAUGGCUGGGUCUCAGAAAGAGUGGAUUGUCAAAGAGAUCGCUUGCAGCCAUUGCGCGCCUUUCCUUAACCGCAAGGAUGAAACCCUAGCGCUGAUUCGGGAGGUUAUCAGUGAGCUUCCCUAA